CAAUCCUGAGAGCUCCCCAGACUGAGAGGGACCCCAGUAACAUCUCUGUCUGCUCCUCACCCUCUCUUUUCUCCCCUCUCUUCCUGAAUCACCUGACACAAUAGACUUCCCCUCCGAGCUCCAGCCUGAAGGGAAAAGAGGGGGGGUGUACGGUUUCUCCGCAACAAUGGAAAUUCAAUCAGGAAAUGGAGAGGAGGUGGCGAGGGCGACCUCGGGCUUCGUUUGCCGUCGUCCCUCCGGGCCGCAGGUAGAGGCAUCAGAUGAUCCGGUGCUCAGAGAGGACCUGCAGGCUGCCAAGAGGAUUGAGAGGUUCGACAUCCCGCUUGAUAGCCUGAAGAGGAUGUUUGAGAAGCCCGCUGCAGCCAACGCAGAAGUUGCAGCCGUCCACGCCUUCCCAGCCAAAAGACUGACAUCCAGUAGCCUCGCUCAGACGGACCCGUCAACACAUCAGACCAUGGCCUCACCUCAGGACGCCACUCUCUCUGCAGGCAGCGCCGGUCCAUCCAGGUCAGGACGUCCUGAGGACAGGUCCCCGAGCGCUGAGGACCAGGAGGCCGAGCCGGUGUCGGUGAAGGAGCGGCUGGCCAUGUAUCAGGCUGCCGUGUCCAAGAAAGAAAGCAGCAGCUCCUCCUCUGCUGCGAUGAUGGAUGAGUCUGAGGCCUGUUCGCUGCCCGGUGGUCUGGCCAGUGUGAAGAAACAGUUUGAGAACCAGGAGUUUACGUCUUCGUCCUCCCAGUCCAGCAUCACCCAGAUUCAUUUCCAGCAGAGAUCAGUCCAGGAGAUGUCCUCCGAGGUGACAGUGAGGAGCAGUGCCAGAGAUGUCGCCUCCUCCACCACAACCCUCUCUCAACAAGAGGUGAUCCAUGAUCAGAGAGUUCACCAGAACAAUGUGGCUGCCAGUUAUGGGAACCAUUACAAUGAAACAGUUAUGCUUGUCGGCGGAGAGGACCUACCAAAGGUUUCCACUCAGGCUUUGAAGCAGCAGUAUGAAAAAACGAUUGAGGAAGCUGCACCAGCCAAGGAAAUUAAGGUUGAUGUGGAUUUCAACCAGUUUCCGUGGGCACCUGUGAACCAGUCCUCCAAAAUGUCAGCAGCAUUUACAAGCUAUGACACUUCGUCCACUGUAAAGACUGCCACUGCUUCAUCUGUAGCAUCUGGAUCAUCAGUGGCUCAUGAGGCGGCAGAUCAUUUCCCUCCCCCACCCUCAAACCUGCAGGUAUCACAAGAAGUCCUCGAGCACAACAUCUCUUCCCAGCCUCAGGAUCUGGUGUCCCAGCAUAAGCACACUGCCAGUAAGGAACAGUACUUUAAAUACAAGAGUAUGGCUGAAUUAAAGCGUCUCUACAAGCACAUACAUCCAGAGGUACGCAAGAACCUCGAAGCAGAGUUCCUCAGUCAGCUCACCGAAGCAGAAAAGGCCGAGUUGGAAAGCAAGGAAAUUGUAGGUGAUGUCCAGCAGGCAUGCUACAUGUUUGAAAACGAUGGCAACAGCUCGAGUAAGUGUUCGAGCCCUGAUAGGGAAUACGUGGAGUGGGAUGAGAUCCUCAAAGGUGAAGUGCAGUCCAUGCGGUGGAUGUUCGAAAACAAGCCUCUGGAUACAAUCAAAGAUGACACCCCAGAUGAGAACGAGGCCAGGAAUAACAUCGCCCAGCAGGAGAUCAUUGCAGGAAAAGAUGUCAGAUACACAGCUUGGAUGUUUGAGACUCAGCCCAUGGAUGCUCUGGGAACAGAGACUCCUGAUGCAACUGAGCAGUCACAAAAACAGGCAGAUCUGGCAAGAGGAGAUGUCCGCACUGCUACUUGGCUUUUUGAAACACAGCCGCUUGAUUAUCUGAAUAAAAUCUACCAAGAAGACGAGCAGGAAAUGGACGUCACUGUCAGUAAAGACAUCACCGGUGGAGAUGUUAAAACUGCUAGGUAUCUUUUUGAGACCCAGCAUCUUGAUUCCCUGGGGAAAACAGAAACCAUUGAGGAGAGUCACUUCCUGAACCUGAAGUCAGAGCUGGAAGAGAUUAAGGGGGAUGUAAAGACAACAACUCGCCUGUUUGAGACGCUGCCCAUGUGUGUCAUCAGGGGAGAUUCAGGAGAGAUUUUGGAGAUCACCACCAUCCGCAGGGAGGAGACUGAGAAAGGAGACGUCAAGACAUCACGCUGGAUGUUCGAAACGCAGCCUCUGGAUAUGAUCAACAAAGACCCCGCUAAAGUAAAGCUGAUAUGUGGUAUUUCCAUGGAGGACAGUAGUCAAGGUGGAGUGAACAAAGAUCGAUGGCUUUUUGAAACAAAGAGUCUUGACACCAUUAAGGAUGAGGAAUGGGAGAGUUCCAGGAGGCAAAAGGAAGAAAUAAUUGGAGCUGACGUACGAAAGCACUGUCUUGUUUUUGAGACUCAGCCUAUGGAUACUCUGAAAGAUAACGCCAAUGCUCGACCUUUACCCUCCGAGGAGAUUGUAGGAGGUGAUGUUCAGUCAGCCAAAUAUCUGUUUGAAACAGUACCCAUGGAAAAUCUGAAAGAGCUGCUGGAAGUGGGAAAACUUCAGAAAAUGGUUGCAUCUGAAGAAGAAAAGGGUGACGUGAGGCAUCAGAAGUGGGUGUUUGAAAGCCAACCUCUGGAGAAUAUAAGGGAGGAGAAGAAGGAGAUUACAAGAACUGUGAAUAUUGAAGCCCUCGACAAAGGAGAUGUGACAAACUAUAAAGAAAGGUUUGAAAGUAUGGAUUUAAGUAAAUGUGACGGGACGCAGAGAAUUCAAGUUGAAGGUGUCACCAGUGGCUCUGUCAAGUCCAACAGAGUUCUGUUUGAAUCCGCCCCCAUGUACGCCAUGCAGGACAGCUCUGGACAUUACCAUGAGGUGAAGACAGUGAGGCGUGAGGAGAUUGUGAAGGGAGAUGUGCGCAGCUGUAGAUGGAUGUUUGAAACCCGUCCUAUCGAUGAGUUUGACGAGAGCAUCAAUAAGUUUCAGGUCAUAAAAGGCAUUUCCAAACAGGAAAUAGAGUCAGGAGACGUAAAAACAGCAAAGUGGCUGUUUGAAACUCAACCACUUGAUGCCAUUAAGUUUUUCAGUAACUCUGAGGAUGAAGAACACAAAAUUAUGGAAGGCAUUAAAGUUGAAAAAGGGGACGUAAAGACGUGUAGGUGGCUAUUUGAGACUCAGCCAAUGGAUGUUCUGUAUGAAAAGGUGGAAAAGAGCGAGGCUGAUGUCGAACUGGUGCAAAAAGGUGACGUGAAAACGUGCACUUGGCUUUUCGAGACUCAGACACUUGACAACAUACGUGAUCAUUCGGAGACUGAGACUAUUCUGAAAACCUGCACUGUAAAGCAAGAGGACAUUCACGGGAAAGAUGUGCGACUGGCUCGCUUCCUCUUCGAAACCGAGAAUCUGGAAAACAUCACAGGUGAGGACAGCGGCUCUUUCAGGAGGGUCACAGAAAUCGACAUCCAGUCAGGCGACGUUUCCAGGAUGAAGUACAUCUUCGAGAAUCGCUCCUCUGACAUCAUGAGCUCCACCUCCGAGGAGACGAUGCAGAGGCUGAAGACGCAGCAGGCCGAGGACAUCCAGAGGGGUAACGUGAUCAACUGUACGUGGAGGUUUGAGAACCAGCCAAUCGAUGCAAUACGUGACGACACCACAGAAGUGAGGGAAAUCCGCACGGUGACCGAUGUUAAGGGGGGGGAUGUUGACAAAAGCCGCUUCAUUUUUGAGACGUAUUCUCUUGAUCAAAUUAAAGAGGAAUCCACUGAGACUGAUAUGUCAAGACUCACUAGUAUUUUCAGAGAGGAAAUUGAGAGGGGAGAUGUAAAAAAUUACACCAUGAUGUUUGAAACUCAGCCGCUGUAUGCCAUCUGUGACAAGGAGGGUCAUUAUCACGAAGUCACUACAGUCACUAAGGAAGAAAUCAUGAGAGGAGACGUGGUCGGCGCUCGAUGGCUGUUUGAGACUAAACCUCUGGAUUCAAUUAGAGAUUCAGAGGAGGUCUAUGUUAUUAAAGCUGUGACUGAAGAAGGUGUCAACAAAGGAGAUGUUAGCUCUGCCAGGUGGAAGUUUGAAACACAACCUCUGGAUGAAAUUACACAGGAUAUAAAAGUCAGGUCAAAGACGGUUGCAGAUAUCCAAGGCGGCGACGUGAAGACAAACAAACAGCGAUUCGAGACGGAUGAAAUGUCACAGAAGUACAUCCGAACUGUUAGCGUGAGUGAGAUCCAGAAAGGUGAUGUCAGAUCUGCCACGUGGAUGUUUGAAACCCGCACGAUUGAUGAGAUCCACGGCGAUGGAGCCGCGUAUGAUGGCAUGGAGAGAGUGACAAAAGAGGAAGUAAUGAAAGGGGAUGUCAAACAGUCUGUGUGGCUCUUUGAGAAGCAGCCCCUUGACAGCAUUAAAGAGAGUGACGGCACAGAGCUUGUUUUGACAAAGGAAGAAAUCCCACAGGCCGAUGUGAAGACGACAACAUGGCUAUUUGAAACCACUCCAUUUCAUGAAUUCAACGAUAGCAGUGUGGAGAAGACAGAAAUAAUUGGAAAAAGUAUAAAGGAGACACUGGAGGAACUUUACUGUCAGAAAAUGGUUGACUCACAGGGUAUUCUUAUUGAGGCAGAUGAAAUUGGUGACGUCCGUAUGGCGAAGUAUAAACUCAUGAACCAAGAGGCUCCAGAAAUCCAAAAAGAAGAGAUUAUUAGAGGGGAUCUUAGCAACAUAAUGAUGAACCUUCUGAACCGAAGGGAGACCACCGAAAGGGUCAUAACUAUUGAUAAGGAGGAGCGAGGGAAUAUUAACACCACAGUGAAGCAACUCUUCAGCCAGGAAAAGGGAAUCAAUUUUGAAAAAGAGGAAAUUAUCCGCGGGGACAUUCAAGAAGCCAUGAACAACCUGCUUAAGAAUGAAGGCUCCUCCAAGCGGGGCAUACUUAUUCAAGAGGAUGAGAAAGGAGACGUGAGGAUGACUAUCUAUUCCCUCUUAAAUAAAGGGGAGAGAGCUAGCAUGGAGAAAGAAGACGUUAUUCAGGGGAAUGUCAGCAAAACCCUUCAUCGUCUUCUUUCCAACUCAGGAGGAGAGGAUUCUAAAAAGAUAAGAGUCGGAGACAAGGAAAGGGGUAAUGUCAGCUUUUACUCCACAUGCAUCGAGUCUGGAGCCUUGGAUUACCUGAAGCAGCUUCAGUAUGAACCUGAUGAAGAGCAGGAUACUGUACAAAAGGAGCGGAUCAUAGGUGGUGAUAUUGAAGAGACCAAAAUCUUGCUGCGAAAGAAUCAGCAGCAAAUUGGUCGCACUGUGGCAGAGGUCGACAUAGUUCCUGGUGAUGUACACAGUAUCGUUAAGGUCUUUAUGAUGGAGCCGAGUGUUACCUAUAGAAACCUAGAGAAACAGGACAUUGUUAAAGGUGACCUUAGUGCAGCUCUGGAUUCACUGACCCAAGCCAUCAAUCAGAAAGUGGUAUUAGAAAAAGAGGAGGUGGUGAAAGGAGACAUACCGACCACUCUAAAGUCUCUAGAAGAAGCCCAGCAUCAAGGCAAAGAAAUGGAAAAGCCUGAAAUUGUCAGGGGAGACAUCAGGGGAGCUUUGGAAUCACUGGAAAAAUCUGCAACUACCAAAACAGAAGUAACUGUUGAAGAUUUAGUGCCAGGUGAUAUCAAAGGGACGUUGAAAUCCCUGGAGGAAGCAAAGCAAGCUGUGAAAGAAGUGGAAAAACAGGAGAUUGUCAAAGGAGACAUUCACACUGCAAUGCAAAGUCUACAUGAGGCAUCAAGUGAUAGAAAGAUUUAUCAGCACCAAGUGAGUGAACAAGGCGACGUCAAAGCCACUAUCCAGCUACUGCUAGAGCCGACAACUUCUCCAAGAAUGCAACGCAGAGGCAGCAUUGAAGGAGAUGUGAAAACAUCAAUAAAAUGUCUUUAUGAAGGGCAAGAGACAGCACAAGUGGAAAAAGAAGAAGUUGUGAAAGGUGACGUUCAAGGUACAAUAAAGUGUUUAAUGCAAAGAAAACAGUAUACAAAUCCAAAACGUAUGUAUCCUCCCAACAAGGCGAAAGUGCCCGUGAAAAAUCCAUCAACUGUAAAGCAAGCGGAGCAUGAAUGCUUACAUGAAGCCAAGAGAGAGAGAGCAGCAGAUGAUCCAACCCCCACUGUGAAAAACCUCUCUCAGAGUGGUGAGUCACAGAAGCACACACUGAGGCACCACGAAAGCAAAUCGCUGAAAACACAGGUAAUAACCCAAGAGGACCACUCUGUUACUGUAGCCAAAACAGACAAUCCUGCUGGGGCCUCUCAACAGAAGAGCACAAAAGAACAGAAGCAGAAAGUGCUGCCCCCGCAGAAAAUACAAGCUCCUAAGCCUAUUAUGAUAAAGAAUAAACAAAAGAUGAGUAAUGAUCAAACAGAGACGAAAGCUGCUGAUGUGAAUGUGAUAAAAGAAGUGCAAAACACAUCACAGACAAAUAUUUCAAACAAGCAAAUGUGCGAGAUAAAGACAAUCAAACAGGUGCAGACUACGGUGACAGAGAAAACCGUGCAGAAGCAGAAUGUAGCGGCAUCGGAGCAAAUGUUGACAUCUCAGAAGCAAACGGAGAAUAAGGCUGCUGCACAAAAGCAGAGCGUCAGGAAUAUGAAGACUGAUCAGCGUAACCUUGACAUGAGAGGGAAAGGUGUGAAUAAAAAGACAAAGCCAGAGAUUCACUUCCCGCCUCCUCCCUCCUCACCGCCUCCACCAUCAGAAUCUGAACUCUCCCUCCCUCCACCACCGUCUCCGGUGGCAGAGAGCCCGGCAUCCCCGACUUCCCGGCCUUCUAUCAUGAGGCAGGACAGUGAUCUCCCACCCCCACCUCCUCCACCUCCACCUCCCAUGGAAAGCAUAAAAUCUGAGCCUGAUUUCUUCCCUCCCCCUCCACCUCCUCCACCUCUGUCCUCCAUGGGUGGACAAGAUUUUCUCCCUCCACCUCCCUCGCAGCAAGAGCUUAAUGCGAUGCCCCAGGCUCCCCCUGUAAAGCUGGGGAAACCUGUUGGGAAGCCUUUAUUCAAGGUGCCCAAGCAGCCAGAACCACACAAGCAGCCCGUACAAGUUAAACCCAAAUGGCAGAAAAAACAACCAACCCCUCCACCGCCUCCACCUCAGCUCCGCCCUGAUCAAGAAACAGUAACUUCAACAGAAGUUAAACUUCAGGAGGUGAAACAGGAAACAACCCAACAGACUGAAACAAGCUUUCAGGCUAAUUCAACAGCACUGGCACCAAUGAAAAUACCAAGCAUCCCAGUUGUAAAACCAGCACAAAAAGAAUCCCCGCAGCCACCUAAAAAGACCUUCGUCCCUCCCAUUAAACUUCCACCGCCCCCAGACCCUGCUCCAGCUGCAAAACCUAAACCUUACGUCCGCAAAUUUAAAACCCCUCUCAUGCUGGCAGAGGAACGGUACCGCCAACAAAGACUGGAGAAAGAGGAAAGAGAAAUGAGCAAAGUCACGACCCCCACUUCUCCACCAAGUAAUGUACAUUUCUCUGCUGCCACUGCUGAGCUUUCUGAAACAGAGAGCACUAAGAAAGAAGUGGCCAUGGAAGUGACAAAAGCAAAGAUUGAAGAGGCUAAGACCCUUCCCAAAGAAGGACUAUUAGCACAAGAAUCACCUGUCAAAAAACCCCCUUCCCAGAUCCCUUUGAGCAAACCCAUGAUCUCAGUGGAAAAUAAGAAAUCAUCUCACGGGUCUUUGGAUAAAAAGCAUGUUUCCAACGAGCAAUCCACAGAAAAAAUCCUCACGUCAGCUGAUGUCGUCAAAAAGGUUCAAACUGCGCCCAAGAAUCAGACUGCUUCUGUUUCUCACCACGAGGCUUGGAAUAAUGAAGUCCGGUCAUGCUCCAGCGUGGUCACUUCUUCAGUCACAGAGCAGCAGCAGUUUAUUAAGAAAUCCAGCAGCAGGUCUGUCGCUGCCACACAGAGUGCUGUCCACGAAAAUGUAAAUCUUCAAAGCCAGGCUGCGGUCACACUGAAAUCUGAAGAUGUAAAGCAUAUUAAUGUGCCUCUGACACAGGAGGGAAAAAUGAGUCCCUCUCAGCCCACUAAAAUUCCAAAGGUAACUCCAAGUUUCAAGGUGAAAACCUUUAAGAUGCCGACGGAGAAGAAAGAGGAGAAAUGUGACAGUUUGGGUCAAAAAGAAGCAGUGAAAAGUGAAAUGCAUUCGCAGCAAGUGAAGAGUAACGUGUCACACAAACACGAAACACAAGUAAAUCUGGAAAGCAACCAGCUGACGUCAGUGAGAAGUGAGACAGAAGUGGAAGUAAAAGAGAAGAAAAGUCAGAUGCCUGUGAAGGAAACUGAAGUGGAGAUGAGAAAAGGAAAGCGGGUGCAAAAAGAUGAGAGUGAAGUGAAGCCGUCAGUUACUGUUUUAAUGCCUAAGGUGGCUAAGAUAACAUCUGCAGCAACCCAUCAAGGACAAGGCCAUGUAUCCGUCUCCCACAGUCAGCAAAGCAUGAAAGCAGAGCAUGUUCAGCGACACGAAGAGGUGGUUGUGAUACAGCAGAGCCUUCAGAGGCAGGAGGCCGUUCAGAUGCAGAAACAGCAAAUGAAGCUACAAGCAACAGAGAAAAUGCAGAUUAAGUCAAAAGUGGAGCCUCAGGAUGUGUUGGUGAAAGGGACAGGGAAGAUGACCCAUAAAGAUGAGGCUCACCAAGAAGAGAUCAUAGAUUCAGAGAAAUGCAGCGUGAUGCAGAAGCUGCUCGCUCAAAUGAAAGAGCUUGAGGGCACACCAAGCAAAAUAGACUCCAACGCUGUCAGGAUGAUUGUAGACGAGGUCCCUGACUGGGUAAUGGGCUUGGAUGAGAAAAAGAAUUUAAGUGAAAUCGCCAAACAGAAAAGCAAGAAAAAAUUGAAAGAAAUGAUGGUCUAUGUGAGGAAUAUUGUUCAAGCAAAGCUCACAUUUUUGGAGAAAAGCCUGACAGCUGUGGAAAAGGAAGAAGAAAAAGAAAAAGCGCCGGUGCCACCACUGGUUCCUCCAAAACCAGACAAGAAGGUUUUCAGUGCGGCGACUACAAAGGUGUCAAAGAUCAGCAUCGGCUCAUCCAAAACCGAAAAGAAGGUGGUGGUGGAGGAGAAAAAAUCCAUUCAAGACAGCAAAGUGCAUCACAAGCUGAGUGAAGUGGCGGAUCAGAGAGUGUCGUCCCCAUUAACAAGCAUCCGGACCCCGUCACCCACUUUUAUCAGCAUUGAAUCCAGGAAGGUAGACUCUCCUCUCAGAGUCACUCCUUCCCCUCCACCCUACAAGUCGGUCGGGACGCCUCCACCUCCUCCCCGUAAAUCGUACACACCCACGUCUACCUUCAGCAGGGCCACGCCUUCCCCUACCCUGAGCCGCUCGGAGAAGCUGAUGAAACUGAGGGAUACGACCUCGAAGCUUUCUCGUGGCUUCACCCCUCCGCCUCCCAUGCCGGUCCCCGAGUUUUUUGCCACCGAACGAGAGCGAUCGCCCUCGUUCAGCGACAGGGAGACGCCUAUCGAGAGAACCGAGCACGGGUUGGUGGAUGUCGCGGAAAUGGUGGAUUCUAUGACGACGGUCAAGGACAAAAAGUCUUUCUUUGAGGAAGCGCAGAAGGCCGAGGUGAACAAGACCUACUUCAGGAAGGAUCCCAUUGAAAUCCCUGAACGUUUGGGACCUGAUGCCGAGGAAGCCGUACAGACUGUGACCAUCGAUCUUCUGAAAGAGGAUCUCCCUAAAGUCGAUUUAUCAAAGCUUGUCAACAGAUUUGAAUCUCCAAAACCAAAAGUCUACGCCAGGAAAGAGCCCAUUGUGAUUUCGGAGAGGCUGGGGAGCGACACGGAGGAUGCAGAGGCAGAGCCACAUACGCCAAGAACCGAAGAAAUCCCAACAUUCAAUGUCAAAGCAAUAAAGGAUGUGUUUGAGACCGGAGAGCAUAGUUCUCAAGCAGCCCGAGAGCUCAGAGAACAAAUAGAAAGAAGAGAACCCGAAUCUGCCUGUUCGGAGCCACUGGGUCACUCAGAAAUGACAUCAGUCACUGAGCAAUUCUGCAGCGUUGAUGACUUCGGAAACGUUAUGACAGAGAUGAGGAGCGAGAUGCAUUCAGGAAGCCCCGUGUCCCGCGGCAACCCUCCGUCCUACGCAGACGUGGUGAGGGGUAGAGUUCCAACGGUGGCCGUGCCCCCCGAGGCCUCCACCGAGGAACUGCUCAGAAACUUCCAGCAGUCCUGGGCCGAGACCCAAGGAGUCUUCCGGAACCUGGGAUUCAGCGUCACGGAGCAGAGGACUUCUCAGAUUGUAACGCACCAGCAGGAGACUGUCGUAACGGAAAAUUCAAAUUCCAGAGUCCGAACUGUGCAGGGCGUGUCGGAAGAGGGUGUACCCCAUGGAACUGCUGAUCGCAGACAAACAAAACUUCCAUAAAAGCUGCUUUCGCUGUGAACACUGCAGAGGCAAACUAAGUCUUGGCAACUACGCCUCUCUCCAUGGACGAAUGUACUGCAAGCCACACUACAAGCAACUGUUCAAGUCCAAGGGAAAUUACGACGAGGGAUUUGGACAAACACCGCACAAAGAACUAUGGAAUAACAAGAACCAGCAGAACUCAG